GAAACAAAGCACUCCAUCAUCAUGUCUGACUGUUUGCUCUUUUACAGCCUCCAAGAUGAAGUGGCAGCAGAUUUUACCUCUCUCACUAAGACCUUGUAUGACUUUCACAAAACUCAGGAGCCUUCAGAUUACAAAGGCAGCCCACUGGCUCAGCUUGUGGUGGAAAACUUUGACGAGGAGCAGAUUUGGCAGGAGUUGGAGCUCCAGAACAAUGCUGUCCUGAAACACUUUAAAAAUUCCAUUGAUGAGGUUUUGUCAGAUGGGACUUUAACUUUGCUGCCUGAGAUAGAAGAAGAAGAUGGUGACGAAGGAGAAAAUGGAGAUGUCACUGAUGACCAAGAGGAGGAGGCGCCCAGUUUGUUUAAGAAAAAGGCAGAUGUAGAGGCCGAGGACAGGUCAGAGGGUUACUCAGAGGAUGACUCUGAUAUAGAUUUCGAUGUGGACGCUCUGGAGAAACGAGAGAAGCAGAAGAAAGAGAGCAGAAGGCCAGACAGAAUAAAAGUGGUUCCCUCUGAGGUUGAUGAUAAGUUCUUCAAACUGUCAGAGAUGGAGUCGUUUCUUGACGAUAUGGACAAACAAGAGGGAAAGGAAGACGAGGAUGAGGAUGAUAUAAAUUACUUUCAGGACCUUCCCUCUGAUGGAGACGAUGAUCUUGACUUGGAUGAAAUGAUUUCUAAAUCAAAGCAAAAGAAAAAAGAAGUGAAGAGCUCCAGAGAUCUCAAGUACAAAGACUUUUUUCAUGAGGUGGAUGGUGAUGCAGCAAAAACAGAUGAGCCGUCAGAUGGAGAAGAUGACGGCGAGGAUGAGAGCCAAGAUGAAGGUGAAGAAGAAAUGGAUGACGAAGACGACGAUUCUCAUGGUGAAGAGGAGGGUGAUGAUGAGGACGGGCAGAGGAGCCACUCCAAAGCGUCACACAAGAAAGUGACCUUUAAUCUCUCUGAAGAUGAGGACAGCGAAGGGGAGGACAUGGAGGAAAUUUUUGGAGGGAAAGCUACCCCCUCGGAAAAGCCUGAGCCAAGGUCUUCAUUUGAAAAACGGCAGGAAAAGAUGUCACAGAAGAUCGAGGAGCUGGAGAAAGCGGCCCUUUCAGAGAAGCCGUGGCAGCUGCUGGGCGAGGUGACGGCACAGACCCGUCCCGAGAACAGCAUGCUGGAGGAGGACGUCGAGUUUGAGCAGUCGUCAAGAAUGGCUCCUGCCAUCACAGAGGAAACCACACUACAGCUCGAAGACAUUAUCAAACAGAGAAUUAAAGACCAGGCAUUUGAUGACGUCGUCCGCAAAGAGAAGCCGAAAGAGGAGGUGUUUGAGUACAAGAAGAGGCUUACUUUGGACCACGAGAAGAGCAAAAAGAGUUUAGCUGAAAUCUACGAACAAGAAUUCAUCAAACAAACUCAGCAAAAGACUGAGGAGGAGGAGAACCCGGCUCAUGUAGAAAUUCAAAAACUUAUGGACACGCUCUUCCUGAAGCUGGAUGCCCUCUCCAACUUCCACUUUACCCCCAAACCACCUGUUCCUGAGGUCAAAGUUGUUUCUAACUUACCAUCCAUCACCAUGGAGGAGGUGGCUCCAGUCAGCGCCAGUGAUGCCACCCUGCUCGCACCAGAGGAAGUGAAGGAGAAGAGCAAAGCAGGAGAUGUACUGGGUGAGACCGAGAAAACGUCGACCGACAGGAAGCGCGAGAGACGGCACAAAAAGAUGGUGAAGCGUCUGAAGAUUAAAGAGAAAGAGAAGAAACAGAAACUUAAGGAGGCCAACAACACUGGGCAGAACAAAAAGCUGUCAAAGGCCGAAGUCGCCGAAAACUUGAAGAAACUGGCAAAAGGAGGCAAAGCCACGAUACUCAAGGAUGAGGGAAAGGACAAAGCUCUGCGGUCCUCUCAAGCCUUCUUCUCUCAGCUCCAGGAUCAAGUCAAGAGUCAGAUCAAAAGUGCAAAGGACCAGUCAUCAAAGAAAAAGAAAAAAAAAGAAGUUUCUGUCAGCAGACUCAAGCUGUAA